GCUUAGCUACGGUUGUACGCACGUACCCGUUUAAAUUAGCAUUGCGUAGGCCUGUGUUACAGCAAGUGCCCUUAACUCUUUGUACUUUGUAUUUGUGUUUGUUUUGUGUCUGAUUUCAGUAGCCUUGACUAGACAUACAGUGUUUCACUGUUAGCAAACCAAUUGUUGCACUGAAUGUCGACGCUGUUGUUUUGCAUAUGGCAACAUAACUUAUGAACCAAGCUUGACAUGUCACGUAAAGUUGUGUGCUUCCCUAUGUUGCGAAACCCACAAGCAAAUAAAACAAAUGUAAAACCCGUGUUUUCCCUUUUUAGAGGUGGGUGUAUUUCAAGGCAGAAUUUUUUUAGACGUUGCCUGAAGGUGCCUCAUUUGGCCCGGUAACGUCAUGUGGAGGAAUGACUAGCGAUGUCGCCAAUCAAAAGGGAUACUAACUGGAAAAGUAUUAACUGUAAAGUGCCACUUAAAACACUGCUACAAAGAUGAGACCUCUCAGAUUAAAGCAACAUUUGUGUAAGAUAGUGUAUGAGACCAGUGUUGGAUUGUAGCCUAAACUGCCCUGCAGACGGACGCACCUGGGUACCAUUUGGAGGCGGAUGUUACUACUUUGUCCACGGAGAAGAAGACACAAUCAAAAGCUACACUUUUGAAAGAGCAAAAACACUCUGCCAAGGAUUUGAGCUUUUGACCAUCCAAAGCGCUGAGGAGAAUGACUUUGUCAUUAAAUAUAGCCCAGCAGUGUGGAAAAACAAUGUCAACGUGUGGCUGGGAAUGUAUUAUGACACAAACAGUGAGGACAUGAGGUGGUUCGGUGAGCAACCUGUAGGAUUCAGUAACUGGGAAGACAUCUUGUCUUCGUCAGACCUUUUGCCCUUGGAUACGUGUGUGGCUCUGCACAGCAACACAGGAAAGUGGGAAAAUGUCAGCUGCCUGGAACAGGCGGAGAAUGGAGUGGUCUGUGAGACAAAUCAGAAGGCAGAGGAAGCCAAACCGAAACCCAGCGCGCUGCUGUCCGCCCUGGUCAUUCUCAGCGUGGUGGCUAUCAUGGGAGUCUCAGCAGUCAUUUGGUUCCUGCAGCAUAAGUACAACCUCGGCUCCACUAUCCUCACGGCAUUUGAGUACCACCCCCCGUUCCGAGUCCUGGACACAGACCGGUCCUGUCUGGUGGAGGCUGAGGAGACUGACAGCGUGCCAUAGGAGAACCUUCCCUCUGUUCCACAACAGGAAGCACCAGGCUCACUGGGUAGAGAAAACGGUUACUGAAAUAGUUUUGGGUUAACACGUUACACACAUGACUCAGAAUAAUGUAUAAACUGAGGUCAGGCUUACUCGAAUACUAACGUCUCACUGUUGCACAUUAACAUCUCACUGCUUCUGGUUUUUUUUUUUGUCAUUUGCACUAAUGAACAAUCAUCUGUACAUUUUCCAGACUGGUGCAUCAGCAACUUUGCAGUCUGGUCCACGUGUCAUGUGUAACAUUAUUAUCAAGCACUACACAUUCCUUGAUAACCUUUGGUAUCAUUAUUUCUCUCUUGCAUAUUAAAAGUAACCAACUAUUGCUCAUGGAAGGGAUUAAAUAAAGAGCAAAGCUUUCAUACUUUUUGUGAGCAGACAGAAAUGCUCAGCGAUUUAGUAUUGCAUUGCCAUAAACCUUGAGGGACUAAAAAGAGGGAGAUUGAAAUAAGAAUGGGCAAUUGAUGCAGCAGAGAGUGAGACACCCUGAUGUUUAGUCCCUAGUGUGUAUCAAGCUCCAAAAAUGCUGGAUUCUACAUUUCACAUAAUGCAACCAAUCGCAUGCUUCCAUUAGACCUUGACUGCCUGGUAAAUGCUCAUGUCUUUUAAACCAGUGGAGUCCAUUUUACGCAGUAUUCAAAGAAACAGGAAUUCUCAAUUGCAGGCUAUCAAGGGCACAUGUAAAUAGCUUGAUCCGAACAAAAACCCAGCUUGAGUUUGAACAUGUAAU